UAUAGAUUUAACCGAUAGCAAAACUGGAUUAAUUAUUCACUUUCUCCUUAUUAUGUUUAAACAUUAAUUUCAGAUCCUGGGUGUGAUGGCUACACAGUCCAGCUUUUGAAGAACCCAGAAUGGUUGAAUUUGGAGAUAUCUUGAAAGCUGUGGGAGAAUUUGGGAGGUUUCAGAAAUGGCUGGUGCUGCUGAUCUGCAUCCCAAAUUUUCUCACCCCCUUCCACAUAUUUGGCCAACAGUUCAUUGUUAUGGACGUGUUGCAUUAUUGCAAAACAAACUGGCUACAUGGCUUAAACCUGACCCAAGAGCAGGAGCUGAACUUGACAAUUCCUAAGAAACCAGAUGGGUCUCUGGAGGAAUGCAGAAUGUAUACUCCUGUGCAAGAGGAUCUUGAAUCAAUCCUAAAAUAUGGACUCAAUGCCACAGAAAAAUGCCAGUCUGGCUGGGUGUAUCCUGAGACUUCAAAGCCAACUUUGUUGACAGAGUUUAAUUUGGUUUGUGACCAGAAAGACCUACACGACAUCUCUCAGUCCAUAUUCAUGGCGGGUCUUCUGGUCGGAGCCCUUGUCUUCGGCCCAUUGAGUGACAGGAUCGGUAGUCGAUGGUCCAUCUUGCUCCAGCUUCUCCUCAUGGGCUGCUUUGGUGUCGGGUCAGGUUUUGCACCAACCUUCGCCGUCUACAUUAUCUUGAGAUUCGUCGUGGGGGCCGCAUUUGCUGGGAUCAGUAUCAGCAUGGCAGCUUUAACUUCUGAGUGGGUCGGAGCCGCCUAUCGCCCGCUGGCACAGGUGACUACCCACUGCAGCAAUGCCUUGGGUCAGAUGGCCCUGGCAGGCUUGGCCUACUCCAUUCAUGACUGGAGGAAGUAUCAAGUAGCUGGCUCUGCUCCUGUCUUCGUGCUCUUUUUCUACAUAUGGGUCCUCCCUAAUUCUGCUCGAUGGCUUGUGACAAAAGGGAAGAUUGAAGAAGCCAAACAGCUGCUUCGAAAAGCCGCCUCCAUCAACAAACGGACUGUCCCGGAAGAACUACUCAAUCAGAUGGCUCCUGAGGAGAAGGUGAAAUCUGGGAGUGUCCUGGAUCUUUUCAAAAUGCCACAUCUACGGCGCACGACUUUAAUCAUGAUCUGGGUUUGGUUUGCUGACAGUCUUGUGUACUACGGCGUGAGUCUCCAUGUUGGAGAUUUCGGCUUGGACAUCUACAUGACUCAACUCAUCUUUGGAGCAGUUGAAAUACCAGCUCGCUUCUCCUGCGUUUUCCUGCUUCAGUGGUUGGGGAGGAAGAAAUGCCAGGCGGCUUGGUUACUCCUGGGUGGGAUUGUGUGCUUGUUCAUUCCUGUUGUUCCAAAAGAUUUCCCUGUGAUUGUGACAAUACUGGCAGUUAUUGGAAAAUCUUCUUUAGCUGCCUCUUUUUCAACCAGCUAUGUGUUUUCUUCAGAGGUAUUCCCCACGGUCGUCAGGCAAACUGGCUUAGGGUUGUGUUCUAUGGCUGCCCGGGUGGCUGGCAUCCUCUCACCACUAGUUGGUCUCCUGGACAAGAUCCACCCGGCUAUUCCCAUGUCACUGUUGGGAGCCACCGCACUCAUUGGAGGCGUGCUCUGCUUUUUCCUUCCGGAGACACGGGACAAAGAUCUUCAAGAUGACACUAAUGUCAAAUCCACCUCCAGUGUGCGGUCCAACAAGGUUGUCAAUGGAUGGACAGAACAGAAGGAAGAUGGACAAAUCACAGAAUCCACCAAGAGUACAUAUUUCUAAUGGCAAUGACGGAUGCCUGUGGAGUCCAAAGGAAUGAAGAGACACAUAGUUUUCUAUGGAGACAGGCAAAUGUUCUUGAUUCUAACACUCUAGACUUUCCAGACACAUGCUCUGGUUCUUCCAGAAAAUAUGCAAUCUAUCACAUCCAGAUGAUCCAGAAAGGCCCAGUCUUCCUUUUUCCUUACUAUUUAAGAUACACUCAUAUUGGGAAAGGCUACAGGGUCCCUCUGAACAGAGUUAAGAAACAGUCUCCCUCCUUUUUUUCUUUUCUUUUAGAGUUCAUGCACUUCAGUGCAAUUCAGUGCUGAUCAACAAACUCUAAGGCAGGGGUAUCCUUCCAGAUGUUUUUGACAGCCACUCUCCAUUGUCCAUGCUAGCAAGGGCAGCAUAGGAAUUGCCACUCAAUAACAUCUGGAGGGCCACACAUUGCCCAUCCCUAAAAAUAUUAUUUUUAGGUGAUAUGCCUAGUCUUUUUAUUUUUAUCUGCCAUCAAUGUAACAGAAAGAGACAAAUGGUGCUGAGGUAUAGACUGAAACAGCUCAGUCUGUUUCUGGUCUGUGUCACUUUCUCUUGUAUCCAACAAUAGGUUCAUUCCAUCUAAUUUUUGCUUAAACUGUGUUUUUAAAAAAAUGCAUUUAAAAUUCACUUAUAUUUUAAUAGUAUACAGCAUUGUUCUAUAUUUCCUUUGUGAAAUAUGUGGAUUUUUAUUUCCAAUUUUUGACCUGAGAACUGCCUCACAAAAUGUGGGGACACACUCCAAAGAAGUGGGUUUCAAGCCAUUUAUUAGACUGGGAAGUGUGAAUUGGAUUGCUUUGCUUACACAUAAGGAUGAAAAGAAAUUUCCCCCCAGCCUCAUCAAAAGCAAAACCUUUUACUAGGAUCUUUGUCUUACAAGUGGUUAUGGGGAAAUUAUUCUCCUACUUUAGGCUGACAUCAAAAGUAUCCUGUUUGCUAAAUUUAAUCCAUCCAUCCAUCCAAUUUGGUACCCCAAAGGCAUGAUUCUCCCAAAACUCAGAUGCUGUGAUGCAACCUUGCAAUAGAUCUUGGCCGUCAUCCUGUCUGUGACAUAAGCAGAUGUAACUGGAAGUGAAAAUGAAACUAAAAGUUAUGGCUGAUUGUUGAACUUUUUUGUUCAUUGUGGAGGGAGGAAUUCACCAUCUCCCUGGGGCAACAAUAAAAAGACUCACAAGA